GCAGGGAGCCAAGCACCGUGUUCCCAGCCUCAGUCGAGGUGUUGGCGGUCGCAGUGCAGUUUGAGCGGGCGAAUGGGAGCCAUGGAGAUCUAUAGGCGGAACAUUUCAAACCGAGCGAGCGAGGGGGGAUUUAAAUACCGUUUAUCAACAGCACGCCACAGCAUAGCAACUAUGGAAUUGUUGUCACUAACGACAUCAGCUAACUUCUGGUCGUUUCUUUCAUCCACUUGGAAGGCGCAUGUUUUGGCUGAAAUCAGUUUGUAACACCAGACCCGUCACCUGGUGAAUAUAGUCUUUCUACAUCUGAAAGGGAGUAUGGAGUGCAGUCUCAGACCAGAUGCUCAUUUCCAGAGCCGCAAAGACCUGCAAUAUGGAGCUUGUCAUGACAGUGGAUACCUGGACAGUGGUUACAGCCCUAAAAUGGACAGUGGAGACAAAUUUGCCCUCUCAAAGUGUUUUUCUUCAGAUGGUUUUCAUGAAACGCCUAAAGAGAACCUUUCACAGAAAUGCGAACCUCUGUCACCCAGAAAGAACAGACUAAAAGAGGGUGUCAGGAGUCCACAGAAAGACAUUCUGAAGGAGCGGCCAUUGCAGAACGGCUGGUGUGAAACUCCUAAAGUAUCCAAGAGAGAUCCAUCUCUGAGACGACGUCUCCUCAUGUCUAAAUCGGAGGGUAAAACUGCAGACAACACAAAAAUACCAUGCGCUAAAAGGACUGACUCGUCAGUGAACGUGAGAACUGACCGCUGCUCCAACGUGGUCUUUGACUCACCAGAUGCCUUUACUAUUGCAGCUUUAGCUACGAGCACUUUAAACCCGGAGGACGUGCUUCUGUCCAGCAGAAAACGGCGCCUCCUCUUCCCGCUUGUAAAAACCUCAACGCUUGAAGAUGGUAAAUGCAACACGACCAGCCUCCCUCUCUUUGAGAGAAAGGCGUCCGCUGCAUCGCUCUCGGAUGCAGACUUGGAAGAGAGCAUCAUCUCCUCAGACCGCCUUUCCACUGAGAUGUCGGAGACCCCACGCUGUAGCAGAUUAACACCCUCGGUGAAAGAGAACUUCCAGACUCCAGUCAACAACAACGUAGCAGCUGACCUCUCUGACAGCCUGAGUGUCCUGAGCACCCCUUUCUCCACCCCUACUCAUAAACACGACCAUGACACCCCUUCAUCCACCCCUACUCAUAAACACUGUGACCAUGACACCCCUUCAUCCACCCCUACUCAUAAACACUGUGACCAUGACACCCCUUCAUCCACCCCUACUCAUAAACACUGUGACCAUGACACCCCUUCAUCCACCCCUACUCUUAAACACUGUGACCAUGACACCCCUUCAUCCACCCCUACUCUUAAACACUGUGACCAUGACACCCCUUCAUCCACCCCUACUCUUAAACACUGUGACCGCUCCGUGUCUGAGGACAGUGGCUUCAGCUCCCUGGCUCUGGAUAAGUCCCAGGACUCCACGGUGGACAAUGAUGGUUCCUUCCAGGAGCUGCUGUUGCCGUCAGGCAGCUCCAGGUGCAAGGAGACCCCCAGCAGGCUGGCCGAGAUGAAGAGGAGGUCCAGACUGGAGCGCCAGCGCCGCCUCUCCACUCUCCGAGAGGGGGGUUCCCAGUCUGAGGGGGACCGUGACGUCAGGGCCCUGGCAGCCCACAGAACUCAUCACAGAGAGAAGAACCUGACAUCCCAGGCACAUCUGGAGCGCAGCAUCUUCAAGGAGGAUGACCGUGACGUCUUCCUGGACGUGACUCCGCCGAAAACAGCCACCGUUAAGCUAGAGGACCUGUCCCUCACGCCGGCCCUGCAGAUGAUCCAGGCCCUGUCCCAGAGGACCUCCGGGAUGUUGCUGGAGCAGACCAGUAUGGAGGAGCUGCUGAGGGCCUCGGAGAAAGAGGCCUUCAGGACCACCAUGCCCCUGGCCGGGCUGAUCGGCAGGAAGAUGGGCCUGGGGAAGGUAGACAUCUUUACUGAGCUGAAGAAGAAGAAUCUCAGACACAUCCUGGCUAUGAUCCUCAAUCAGCUGUCCUCUGAAGAUGUCUAUAGGGUUGGUCAGGUGUCUGAUAGUUGGAAUGAGAUCGUAGUUCAAAACAAGAUGUCCGACCGCAGGAGGAGACACUACCUGAGGGACGCCAAGGCAGCUCUGGAGCUUGGCAGUGCAGUCCAUGUCCCUGAUGCAGAGACCAGGUUGACCCUGCUGAGCCGGUCAGCCCUGAAGUCAGUCCAGGCCCAGUCCAGGACCCCCAGUUCCAGGCCCUGUGGUACCCCCCAGUCAGCCACGGGAACAGGCUCUUUAACCCCCGUCCAGCACAACUCAGCCAGCAAACAGGACAUGUUCGUACAGGUGGCCAAAACCCUCUUCAGUGAUGAAUGUCUGAAGCCCUGCCCUCGAUGCAGGCACCCUGCUAGGUGUCACUCAGUGAAGAUGGAGGGUGUGUGCAGCAGGGUUGACUGUGGCUUCCAGUUCUGUACAGGCUGCCUUUGUGCCUUCCACGGGUCCAAAGAGUGCGUCAGCGUGUCGGCCAUGCGACGCAGCAAAAAGGAUGUUCUUCCCGGGAGUGCUCAGAGCAAGCGCAACGUCAGGCGAUUGUGACUGGGUUUUUAUAUGUGUAGUUGUUUUUGAAGUUAUUUGUACCUCCGGUUACCUUUUUUUAAUGUGUUUUAUAUGCGAUGUGUUUUUAAUUAUGGGUCAGCGAGGAGCAGCACCAGUAGAAUCAAUCAGACAUGAAAUGGCUACUGAAUGCUGAGCUCCUGCUGGGAUAAUUAAUUGAUCUACAGAAUGUUGUUUCUCUUCUCAGCUUGAUUUUCAUGGUUUUAUAUGAAUGUAUCUGUAUACUACUGUAUAUUGUCUACUUUUACAACUGGCUGUACAAAUGUUUUAUAGAUUAUUUUAAAUAAAGUUGUACUUUUACAUAUUUAUUUGACGUUGUUUCAUAGGCAUGUGAACAAUGACAAUGUGUUUUGUAUCAAAUAGUUUUUAUCGUUAUGGCGCCAUCUACU